GCACUGCGGGUUUUCCCCGUAUCCUCCUCUCCACUCUCUUAUUCUUAAACAGUAUUCCAUCAUAAGCUUCUCGUGGUGAUGAUGAUAACGUUACCUGUUUUUAUUGAAGCAGGCCUUGAUCUGUCAACUUCAGCUGUCCUUUCGAUGCCGUAUGAUGGCAUGGAAAUUUAUUCCGAUGAUUACAAACUACCAGAUCUUCCCUACCCCUACAACAGUUUAGAACCAAUAAUUGACGAGGCAACGGUGCGCGUACACCACACAGGCCAUCACGCAGCGUAUACCAAGAAAAUGAAUGCGGCUCUCAGGCAGUGGCGGGUUGACCCAGAUACGGAUCAUGCUGGACUUAGUUCUAAGUCAAUCCUAGAUAUUCUGACCAAAAUUGACGAGGUUCCUGAAAUGUACAGAAAUGCAAUCAGAAACAAUGGAGGAGGAUUCGUAAACCAUAACCUAUAUUGGUCUGUAAUGGCACCAAGCCCUGACGGAGAGGAACGCCUACCUCACUCAGAUCUUCUCAAUGACAUACAGGCUGACUUUGGCAACUACACUGCUUUCAAGCAACAUUUCACACGAGAAGCAGCAAAACUGUUUGGUUCAGGUUAUGUCUGGUUGUCACGUCAACCAAGAGAUGGCAGUUUAUUGGUGUCUACUACAGCCAAUCAAGACUCUCCAUUAUCCCAGGGACUCCUCCCAAUUCUGGUGCUUGAUGUGUGGGAGCAUGCUUAUUACUUGAAAUAUCAGAACAGACGCCCAGACCACGUGUCAAACUGGUGGACACUAGUUGACUGGGAAGUAGUGGCAGAAAUUGAUGCUUGGUGGCAGAAAACAGUCCAUGAUGAACUCUGAUGAAAACCAAUUAAAUCUGAUUAAGACUUGAUGCAUCUUUGUGUGAAAUAGCUCAGCAUGGUUGGUACAGAUGACUUCACAUCAUGCAGCUUAUAUUACAUGUUUUAUUGAACUGCUGUUUCAUGAUUUUUGCAUUAAUCUGAGUAAUGGUAGCUGCCAUUGACAUUUAAAUUUUAUAUUUGAAAUUUAUGCUUAUGAAGUAUUUGUUGUUGUAACUGUUUACUGGGGCUUUUAUUAUAACUUGAAUCUUUGUGUGAAAUAACUCAACUUAGUACAGAUGACAUUAAAUCACACAGCUUAUUAGACAUGUUUUAUUCAACUGCUAUUAUUUCAUGAUUUUUGCAUUAAUCUGAGUCAUUUGAAACUUAUGUUUAUUCAGUUUUGUUGUAGCUGUUUACUGGGGCUUUCAUAUGUAUGUAAAUGUAAUAAUGAUCUCAUAUUUCGGAGGGGGAGGUAGCCUAGUGGGUUAAGCGUUGGCCCGUCACGCCGAAGACCCGGGUUCGAUUCCCCACAUGGGUACAAUGUGUGAAGCCCAUUUCUGGUGUCCCCCCCGCGAUGAUGCUGGAAUAUUGCUAAAAGCGGUGUAAAACCAAACUCACUCACUCACUCAUAUUUCGGAUCACAACAAUGAAUAUGUUUACCCAAACCAUCCAUUUGAUCAAAACCAUUAGAUGGAUAAAUGGAAAUUUGUUUGAUCUGGCCCUGAAAUGUUGCUGGGAUCUAACAUUGUUUAGGAUUCCUGAAAGAUAUACUAUCCAGCCUAUGAUUGGAAAUUUUGUAAUAAAAUGUAUUUGAAAUACG